CGCCAUCCCAACCAGCUCCUCGCCGCUGGAUCCAGCCGCGUCGAAAGGACCCUCUUCACUGGGAGUGGGUCUUUUCUCGGCCCGUGACCGUGCCCGAGGUCUGGCUUGAAAGCAAGUGAGAAAUUAUACUGCAGCAGCUAAUUCGACAAAGCUCUACGACCCUGCAUUAGGAAAGUUGCAGCCAUGGAGGAAGCUAACGCGCGUGCGCAAGUGAGGAUGGCGCGAAUUGCCUCGCACAUGAGAGCGCCGGAGGGAAACAGCAUGGUUGGGUUAGAGAGGGAGCCUACUCGUGCACGGGGUGCAGCUCCAGGAUUCAAAGUGGCGGUGCUAGGAGCAGCCGGAGGAAUCGGGCAGCCCUUGUCGCUGCUUAUGAAGAUGCACCCCCUAGUGUCCACUCUCCAUUUGUACGAUGUUUUCAACACCCCUGGAGUUGUUGCUGACUUGAGCCACACCAAUACGUCUGCUGUGGUGCGAGGAUUUCUUGGCAAUGACCAAUUGGGGCCUGCUUUGACCGGAAUGGACUUGGUCAUCAUUCCUGCUGGAGUGCCACGAAAACCAGGUAUGACAAGAGACGAUUUGUUCAACAUCAAUGCAGGUAUUGUGCGUACUUUGAUCGAAGGUUGUGCAAAGCACUGCCCGCGAGCAUUCAUCAACAUCAUCAGCAACCCUGUGAACUCCACCGUCCCCAUUGCUGCUGAGGUGCUGAAGCUGGCUGGUGUAUACGACCCUAAGCGCCUCUUCGGAGUUACCACUCUGGAUGUCGUUCGGGCCAACACUUUUGUGGCUGAGGUUAUUGGCGUGGAUCCUAAAACCGUGGAUGUGCCAGUGCUUGGUGGACAUGCUGGUAUUACCAUCCUGCCCAUCUUGUCUCAGGUGACCCCCCAAUUUACCUUCACAGACAAGGAAGUGGCAUACUUGACCAACCGUAUUCAGAAUGGAGGAACUGAAGUGGUUGAGGCUAAAGCAGGAACAGGAUCUGCAACUUUGUCCAUGGCGUAUGCGGCUGCUGAGUUUGCGCAAUCCUGUCUACGUGCAUUACAAGGAGAGUCUGGCAUCAUUGAGUGUGCUUAUGUUGCUUCUGAGGUGACUGAACUGCCCUUUUUCGCAACAAAGGUGAGGAUUGGGCGUGAGGGUAUUGAGGAGAUCUUUCCUGUUGGACCGCUGAAUCACCAUGAAAGGGAGGGUAUAGAGAAAUUGAAACCAGAGCUUCGCCAAAGCAUUGAGAAAGGUGUUAACUUUGUACAUAACCCACCACCCAAAAAGUCCUAAACCUGUAAAUCUAGGAGGAGACUUGAAGCUAGUUGUAGUGACUUUUUAUCUAGUUAAGUGUGCAGUUUAUAAUGGCUCUCAAGUUUCAUGUACUAUGGUGCUUAAGCGUGGAAAUUUAAGACGAUUACAACUUAGGAUGUACUCACUACAGAAAGCAGUCGUAAAGUUCUGUUUUAAAUCACCUAAUGGAUAUGGAUUAUAUUA